AUGAACAGAGGUGGUAACAGAGGUGGCUUCGGUGGUCGUGGUGGCCGUGGUGGUUUUGGUGGUAGAGGUGGUUUUGGUAGACCAUCUGCUCCACAAGGUCCACCAGAUAGUGUGCUAGAAAUGGGUGCUUUCUUACAUCCAGUUGAAGGUGAUAUCUUUUGUCGUUCUAUCAACACAAAAAUCCCAUACUUCAAUGCUCCAAUAUAUUUAGAAAAUAAAACUCAAAUUGGUAAGGUUGAUGAAAUAUUGGGUCCUUUAAAUGAAGUUUUUUUCACUGUUAAACCAUCUGAAGGUGUUCAAGCUGCAAGUUUCAAAGAAGGUGAUAAAUUCUAUAUUGCUCCAGAUAAAUUACUUCCUAUUGAAAGAUUUUUACCAAAACCAAAAGUUGCCGGUCCAAAACCUUCAAAGAAGAAGAGUGCUGGUGGCCGUGGUGGUGCCAGAGGUGGCUUCGGUGGUCGUGGUGGUGCUAGAGGUGGAUUUGGUGGCCGUGGUGGUUCAAGAGGUGGUUUCGGUGGUUCUAGAGGUGGAUUUGUUGGUCGUGGUGGCUCAAGAGGUGGAUUUGGUGGUGCCAGAGGUGGUUCAAGAGGUGGAUUUGGUGGCAGAGGUGGUAGAGGUGGUCGUUUCUAA